AUGUCUGCACGAAGCAGUAGCAGGAGUAAGAUGGGCCGUGGAGAAGAUGUGAAUCUUAGCCUGACUGGAUCACAGAUAUCUUCUGUUAGAAAGUCUUCAUCUAGUAGGCAAUUUAACCUUCCUGGUGAUAAAAGAGGAUCAGGCAAGGAAACAUCACAUAGCACACACAUGAAGAAAAAUUCUGCUGAUGCACCAAACUUGAGUGACAGGAGUCAGAAGAGUGCUGUGUCCUCAGUGAGUAAAGCCAGCAGCAGGAAAGGCAAGUCACCAGGGGAGGACUUCUUAGCACUUUUUGAGACAUCGAUGCAGCCAAAAUUAAAGGCAAAAUCAAAGCAAAAGCAACCUUCACCAAAUGCUGUCAAGGUCCUGUGGCAGGAAUCUCCUCAUAAAAGUGAACUGGAAAGCCAGAGAAGUAUUAAUUCAACGCAGAGGGUCAACAAUGACGGAGGCAGUCUCCUGUCACCUAUCAUGCAACAGAACUUCUUUCAGCCAAGUAGUGUUCACAGUAGUUCAGACUCAGAUGAGGAUGGUAUACUAUCUUCAAGUCUGAAUAAAAUACAUUCACUUCAGCGGAAGUCACAUUCAGCAAAAUCUGACAGCUUCAAAAACAAAAAAUCUAAGGAGAAAACAAGACCAUCUCAUGUAAAUACCACAGAGUCUGGUGUGGGCCAUAUAAAUGGUGUAAAUGGCAUAGCAAACAAUAUGGUAACAUCCGUGAAGUCACCAAGGACAAAAGCUUCUUUGUCAAGUAUAGAAAAUUCUUAUCAGAAUAUAAAGCACAAAACACCAGUGAAUCAGGUGAAGGAGGGAUUGGCUAAUCAAAGAUAUGUCAGUUCAGCUGAGGAAUAUGUACAAACAUUGACAUCUGCAGCAAUUAAAAUACAAAGGUGGUAUCGCAGAAUUUGUGCCAAGAGGAAAAGAAAUGAAGCUGUGCAAAUGGCAGGAGAAGCAGCAAUCAAAAGACUUUUAGGACAGAAGAAAAAAGAUCUAGAUGAACACAAAUUAGAUCUGGAUUUUCUGAAUGAAGAAGAUAGGAGAAUUGAGGAAAGAAGAAAGAUUAGGGAUGACAAAGCAAAACAGGCACGACAACAGGCAAUUCAGGAAUUAAAAAAGAAAAGGGAAGAAAAAAGAGAUGAAGUAAAACAAAAAGCAGAGGUAGAAAUAUCAUAUUUACAAGCAAGUGGCAAAAUUACAAAAACUCCUGCAAAGGCUAAUAUUGGAAGGAAGAAAUCCCCACUUAAAAGUUACAGUAGUUCACAGAAGGACAAUAAUGUAGAUAGAGAUACAGAGGCAAAGGUAAAAUCAGCACGCUCAGGUACAUCAGACAUGAAAACCACAUCAGCACGCUCACAGGAAGGGAGCGAAGAAUUUCUUGAGUCGGCGAGUAAUGUGAAUCAGAUGGACAGUAAUCGUGACAGUGAUGCUCACACACUUACUGACCUGAAUCAGGGAUAUCGAGGGCCAGAUAGUGAGGUCACCAACAAGUCUACACUCAAUGACCUGCUAGAGACCCUGAAGAAGCUUGAGGAAGAGGAGCAUUUAGUCACUCCUAAGCCAGAGAAGAAGAAUGCAUGGUUAGACGAGUUAGAGAAAGCAGCCCUGCCCAGUGAGAAGGAUGUGGCCUAUUUGACUGCUGAUAAGCUACAGGAGUUGAACAGACAGAGGGAUGGAGGUGCAGCUAGUGGUUAUCUGAGUGAUGACAAACUCAAAAGCAUCAUGUCGUUUCUUGAUGAAGUGCAGGUAGCAGACAGAAUCAGUGCUGUAGAGCAGGAGAUAAGUAAAGCAUCAGAAGAUUUUGAUCGACCUGUACCACUUGUACCCUCUGCUGACGAGCUUGCUGACCUAGAACAUGCUCAGGAAGCUGCCAAUGAAGUUACUUCUACAGUGUUGUCACAGCGACUUGAAUUGGAUGAGAAAAAGAGGACAGUCAGUAUGCUACAGAAAGCCCUGAACCAACAGCGAGAAUUAACUGUGCGGCAUGCCAAAGAAACCGACAAAGAAAUGAAAAAAAGGUUGGAAAUACAAAAGGAAGAAUAUGAAGAGGCUAUAAAACGACAUCUGUCUUUCAUAGAUCAGCUGAUUGAUGACAAGAAAAACCUGAGUGAAAGAUGUGAGCAACUAGUAAAGGAAUUGAAGACUGUGGACAGGAAAUACCAGGACAAGUUCAAAAGCAUGGAUGAGAAGCAUUCAAUUGAGCUGAAGAAAUUAAGAGACAUGCAUGAAGCUGCUGAAAAGUUGAGAAGAGAAAGAUGGAUUGAAGACAAGACCAAGAAAAUAAAGGAGAUGACUGUGAAAGGACUGGAGCCAGAGAUUCAGAGACUGAUAGCUAAACACAAAAAUGAGUUCAAGAAGAUGAAACAGAUCCAUGAAGCAGAGUUGCUGGAAUCCGAUGAGCGAGCCGCCCAAAGAUAUGUAAAGAUGACUGAGGAACUCCGGGACCAGCUGGCACAAGAGAAGGAAGCAGCAUGUGCAAGGGAACGAGAACUGGCCAAACAGAGAUAUGAGAAGGAGCUACAGAAUGAAGAAGAAGCAUACCAGCAGCAGCGUCGACGGUUAUAUACAGAGGUUCAGGAAGAGAAAGACCGUGUUGCCCAGCAGGCUUCGCGCCAGAGGGCAGAACUUGAUAAAUUACAGCGACAGCUUGAGGAUAGCCACCGGCAUGCACUAAAUGCCAUGAAAUCUGAAUUUGAAAAGGCAAGAGAAGAACAAGAACGGAGACAUAAUGAGGAAACAACAGAUAUAAAGGAGAAGGUUAAGAUUGAGAAGGAGCAGUGGGAAGAGAAUUAUCGUAAAAAACAGGAUACCUGGGUGAUGCAGAAAGAGCGUGAGCUAAGGGAGCAAGUGAAGCGUGACAGGGACAAGGAAAUUGAGUUAGUCAUCUCACGACUUGAAGACGAUGCCACUUCAUCACGAGAAGAAUGUGAACGUACUGCGGAUAAUAAGAUCAAGAGAAUACGAGAAAAGUAUCAAGCAGAAAUGAAGGAUUUGGAAAGAUCUGAAAUGCAAGCUUUAGAAAAAUAUAAUGAAAUGAAGGCAAAACUAACUGAAGUUGAAGGAGAAAAUGAAUGCUUUAAAGUAUAUUUAAAACAAAAAGAUCAAGAAAUUGCUCAACUACAGCAACUCACAGAUAAGAUGCACAGGGAGAGGGACCGUGUCUCAGAUAUUAUUAGACAAGAAUUUGCAGAUCGACUUGUAACCACUGAUGAAGAAAAUCGUAGAAUAAAGAAUGAAAUGUCUGAAAUGAAAGCACGACAUCGUAUUGAGCUAGAUAGAGCCAAGGAUCAGAUAGAAGAGGUCAAGAAACGCAAAGACGAUGAAAUGGAAGAAGUACACAAAAGAGUGAAGCAGGCCAUUGUGAAGAAGGAAGAAGUGUUGAACCAGGUUCGACAACAGUAUCAGGCUUCACAGAAAAGGGCAGACCAUCUGGAAGGGCUUCUACAGCAACAACGCAAGCAGCUGCUUAACAAAUGACAUGUUCUGAUGAUAGCAGGUUGCAAGGAAUAUAUUGUUGUGUAGACAAAUGACAUAACUUGAUAGCAUUAGAAUCUAUUUUAAUUGUAUGGCACCUUAAGUGAUAGAUUGAUAUUGAUAAUACCGGUAACUAGAACUUACCCUAGCUGCUUAGUCAACAGAUAUAGGAAAAUAUAAACACUAGAGGGCUAAGGUGACACAUGGAUGACUAAUGGUAUUGAUGUGCCUAGAAUACUGGAGUGAAGCUCAUAGAGACUGAAAUAUUGACAUAAAUCAACUUACUGAGUAAAUCUUAGAAUCUGAAUAAUCAACAUACAACAACCUGUGUAGUGAAGUAUCCUAAGGACUACCACUAUAAUUAAUUACUUACAGAGGGAGAGGGGAAGAAGGGGUUGUCAUCUGGACUAAUAUCUGUCCAUCUAUGUGUUUGAUAUCAAAGCACUGAUUAUGUAUGAAAUAAAUGUCAUCCUAACCAAAGAUAUUUAAUGGAAUUCUGAUUAUCAGAACCAUUCUUCAAAUCCUCUUGAAUCUUAGUCUUGCCUAAUAACUUAUUUAAUGCAGUGCAACCAUUUGUUUCUAUGGUAACUGAUACAAACUGUCCAUAUUUUUUCAGUUUGGUUUAGUUUUUGCCUGUCUAAUGUACUACUUAUAUAAUGAUUACUGUGAAGAAAGUGCUAGAAACAUUGUUGAAAGAGAUGUGAUACAUAGAUUUUUACGUUCACUCCAAAUGCCUGAAAUGUUUCUUUGUUCACAUUUUUGGCAGAUAUUUACAGUGUAACACGUCCAUAUUCAAAACUUGCUUUCCUUAAACAGGUAAACCUCCACUGCUUUAUAACACCAAUAACCUGUCAGUUAUGGACAGAGGUAUUGGCUCCAGUACUAUUUAAGUUACUCACUCAUUUUUUAUUGGGGAAUUAGCACUGUGUUAUGUCUUUCAGUCUAGAUCACAUCUAACCAAUUUGAUGUUUAAAUAACAUACAAAUAUGUCAUUGAAACCUAAAGCUUAAGCAGUUCUUUAUCAUCACUAGAAUAUAUUUGCCAGGACCGUUAACCUUUAAGCUAAGUGUGUUUGUACUUAAUGAUUUUUUUUAUUUUUAUAAAAAUCUUUGUGUUUAGACCUUUAGUAUCUGCAGUAUUAAAAGUGUUGCAGCUUCUAAAUUUCUUUUAGGCUUAAAGGAUUUGUGAGGAAAUCUUACAGAUUUUUGACAAAUAUAGAAAUCAAUAAGUUUAGACUAAAACAGUUUCUAUAGAAAUCAAUAAGUUUAGACUUAAAUAGUUUGCUUUUGAUGACUUUUGAAAUUUUGGAAAUUAAGAAAGAGUGAAAAAUAUCAUGCACAAGAUAUUUCACUGUAUUUUUUGUUGAAAUAAGAUAUGGAAUGUGAUUGUUUUUAGUCAGUAGAAUUAGUUUGCUUUAACUUUCCUUCACAUUCAGGAAUGGUAGAUAAGUUCAAAAUCAAUGUGUUACUGACAAAAUCAUGUUCUGUUUUAAAAUAUAUUAGUUUAUGUAAUUUUUCAAAAUGAAAAUCAAAGUAGCUUCCGGUGGUUUUGAUCUAUGUCCUGUGUACCCAGUAAGUUAACUAGUUAUGAUUUCUGCUUCUCUAGAGAACACUCGACUGGGAGUAUUUACUCCUUUACGUAAACAUUAUUGUAAUGUUGUUAUUUAUGUGUAGUGCUAUGCACUUGUUGAAAUCAUCUGUUGCUGUGUAAUCCUGUUAGAUUCUAUUGUAAGUGGUGCUUGUAAGUUUUAUAUAAUCAAGAGAGGUUCAGCUCUGUAUUGUGUAACUUCAGAUGUGAAAAAUGUGGUAGAAACUGUGAAAUUAGGGAAACAGUAAGAGGUGAGGCGUGGUAGGUCCUUUACCUAUUGUUUCUGUAGGCAUUUCUGUUACUUUUGUAUAUUUACUAUUGUAUGUUGCCUUUGGAGAUAUCUUAAAAUCUCUCAUUGGUAGAAGUCUGUGAUAUAUGCUCUAGAUUUUACAUAUUUAUUAAGUUUUAAUGUCCAAUGCUAAUUAAAUGUUUCUUGCAUAAAGUAUGACCUGUCAGUGAUAUUUUCUUACAAAAAUAUGUAUAUUUUAGCUCACAUGGCUCAAGGUGUCAGUGAGAUUAUGCGGUGGCACAUUGUCUGGUCAGGUUUGAUUUCCUUUACACAUAACUGUAAUACCUAGAGUCAUGAUAUAUAACAAGUAACCUUCCACUUCAGUAAACAUUCACAGUUUGACCAUGGCUCUUGAUGGUGAACAAACAACACCACCUUGUACAAUCCUUGCCCUGGGAUGGGGGUUUAGCAAAGCCAGAGUGGGGGUUGUUCAUGAUACACAAGUACAGGUUAACCGAAUACUGGUUCACAUUGACCCUGUUGGGAUUAAGAGAAAACUUGAACAACUUUUUUUUCCCAUUAGUUUUAGAGUCAUGUUUUGAAGGCAAUAAUCAAAUAAUAUCUUAGCAUGCCUGUAGCUUGUUGAUAAGAUGUUUUAAAAUGUUUAACUUUGAUAUCACUUAAUUGCCAAUACUCAUGGUGUUUGGCACAUAACUGGCACUAAGAGUGGUAUCUACCUGUGAAAAACCUCUUGCAGUAUACUGAUACCUGAAAACAUAUUGUAUUUUGCUUAUAUAUAUAUGUAUUUGAAUGACUUUGACAAAUUUAUAAGGUCAUAUAUGUGUACUAGUUUGAACAUUGAGAAAAGGUGUCUUGGGGACUUUGUUUUUGCAGACAAACUAGUUCAUUGGAACAGUAAAUGUAUCAUUUAUGACGUAAAUUGAGGCAGAUCUAAUAUUAAAACAAGCCUUAAAAUGCUUAAUCAAAGCUUUUCAGAAAGCAAAUUAAAAUUACUAGAUCCAUCCUUUCUUAAACCAACAACUCUGGUCCAACUGGUUAAACCAAAUAAAAGGAAAUGGCCCUGGUGAGUGGUUGAGGUAACUAUACAUUAGUAUUCCACCUGUGUCAAGUUCAUAGACCAAACUGUAGAAAGUGUGAGCAUUUAAGUGCUGGUCUUGUUUCCAGUUUGACUCUUGCAUUCAUUGCUGUGGCUCUUGUCUGUUGAAGUAAACUUAAUCAGUAAAAUGCUGUUAGCUUCACAACAAUUUACCUAAAUGUUUUAUGUCAUGAAUAUCUAAGGUAAAAAGUAGCAGGAGUGACCUUAUCCAUUAUCUGGGUACUAAUUUAGUUUUUGUAUUGGAGAUCUGACAAUAAUCUGUUCAGAUUUUCAGGAAACAUUUAAAGUUAAAUUUUGUUUCUAUGUUUAUCUUUCUGAAGGAAAAAAACAAAUGAAAUGUUCUGUCUCUGUUAGUGUUUUUGUUUUGUUUUUUCUUUGUUGAUAUUUUUAUGUAAUUAACUACUGCAUGUUUUUUUGUGUAUCUCUGUUUAAAGUUGUCCUGUUACUUUAGCAUCAGACUGAUGCAAUGAAACAAGGUGUGUAGUUUGAUCCUUACCUAUGACAGGUCGUAUUUGUCAGGAUCAUGAAUGUCCAGAGCUGUCAGGGUUGUGUCCUCAGACCAGACGUUUCACUCAUAUUUUUUGUUCACAGCUAAAGUGUGUUGUAUUAAUUUUCAUAAUUAAAAUUUUUUAUGAUUAAUUCCUGGUUGUUAAAAAAACACUGAAAAAUUCAUUCAGAAAUGUCAACUUUUUAUUUAUUUAUUGAAGUGGUGUUAAAUGUGUACAUGUCCAACUUUACUUAUUUUGUUUCUGUGCACC